CACGUGCGCGCCCCUUCCCGAGGGCGGUGACCGGCACCGGGGAAAAAAGUUACCGGAGGCACCGGGGAAAAGUUACCGGAGGGACCGCGGCCGCGCCCGGCGGCGGCACCAGGUGGUUCUGGGCCAUCCCCAUGGCGGAGAAAUCAGCCUCCCGGGACUCGGACAGCAGCUGGGUGCUGGCGGGCAGUGAGGGUCUGCCCAUUGACACGGUGGGUCCGGAGCAGGAUUCGGCCUCUCGCAGCACCGAGGAUGAGGAAGUGGAGGAGGAGGAAGGCACCCAGGACGCUGUCACAGCCGUGGCCACCAACGGUGCAGCCACCUUCCCCGGCCAGGCCCAGCACCCCGAGGGCAGCGGGCUGGGGGACCCGGAGGAACAUUGGGGCCCAGGGGCUGGGGCAGUGCCUGCCCCAGAUGGCUCCACAGAGCCCGGCGUGCCGGAUGGCGACGAGGAGGAGGAGGAGGAGGAGCCCGAGGACAAGCUGGGACCCUGCCCUGACACCCCCAAAGCAGAGCCAUCAACAGAGGAGGAGAGCUGCACCAGCAGUGACGACGAGGCAGAGAGGCUGCGGCAACAGCAGGGCCAUGAGCCCCAUUCCGGGCCUCUUCCCCCCACAUCUGCCCCACACCAGGGGACACCGGGCACCGGUGACGAGUACAGGCCCAGCGUGAGCAAGUACCUGCUGGGCAUCUUGGCACUGCUGGCCGUGGGGCUGCUGAUCAUCUCUGGUGGCAUCUACGACCUGGCAGAUGACCCUGUGGAGAGCGUGGUGAGCCGGGACACGGCGGCUGGCAAGCCGGAGUCACUGCUGCCCGCUGCCAGCACUGACUUGCAGCAAACCCCCCCCCAGUCAGAUGCCAGGGACCCCCAGAGCGUGCAGUCCGUGAGCCUCCUCCUGGACAAGCUGGCCAAGGAGAACCAGGAGAUCCGGCUCAUGCAGGCAGAGCUGCAGGCCCACAAGGAAGAGCUUCACGCCCUGCUGCAGAAGAGCGAAGGUGAGACGGCGGCCGGGGCGCAGCAGCAGAGCCUGGCCACCGAGAACGCGCGGCUACGUGCGGCGUUGGAGCGGGAGGCCGCUGCCCUCCGCGACGCCUGGGCCGAGCUGCAGCGCCUGCGGGCUGCGGGAGCACCGGGCGGCCCCGGGGCCGGGGAGCCGGGGGCAGAGCAGCCCCCCGGCAUGAGUACCCCAGCCUGUGGUGAGGACACGGCACGGCAGAAGGGUGGCCGGUGGCACGGCUGGCUGGCUUCAGUGCGACAGGAGCUGGCGGGUGCCCUGGAGCGGGCGCGGGGUCCUGGGGGUCUCAAGGGGCUCAUGGAGGAGCUGAGCGCCCUGGAGCAGCGUCUGGGCCAAGCUCUGGAGGCAGAGGGGGCCAAGCCCUUCCCUGAGACCUGGAAAAAAACGUUCAAGGCAGAGAAGAAAGAGAGCAAGCGGCAAAAGCGGCACAACUCUGGGGGGGCCCCCCACAAGAGGGAGCAGGGCAAACCCCACGGGCACGGGAAGGACCCCCGCCCCCCCCGGGAGCACAAACCAGGCAAAGCCUGGAGGAAGUCGUCUCACGGUCCCCCCGAGCAUGGCCCCCGUGAACUUCCCCCACUCAGCCGGUACCGGGCACCCCAGGGCUGCUCAGGGGUGGCCGACUGCGCCCGCAAGGAGGGGCGGGAGGUGCUGGGGGCCGCGCUGGAGCCGGUGCAGAAAGAGCAAUUCCUGCAGCUGCUGGAGGGUUUCAUGGGGCGGCUGGGCUGGGGGGGGCAUUUUGGGGGGCUGGCGGCGCAGCUGGACGGCGCCUUCGGGGCCGACGGCGCCUUCGCCCACGACCGCCUGCGCUUCGUCGACUUCGUGGACGACGUGGAGGAGCUGCUGGAGGAGGUGGCGUGGCGGGAGCGGGGCGACGAGGAGGCGGCCGACGGCUUCGAGGAAUACGUGCUGCGGCACUACGGCGGCGCCGGCGGGAAGCCGCAGGGCCGGAAGGCUGCGCGGCAGCACGGCACGGGGGGGUAGAACCGGGGGGCAGCGCCACCACAAUCCCUGGAACCCCUCGGGCUCUCCCCGUGGGUCGUUUUGGGGGGGUCAGGGGCUGCUGUUGCCCCCGUCCCCCCACCCCCUCCACCCCAGCCCAGGGCUGGGUAGCGCCGGGUCCCUGACCAGAUGCACCGUGUGAUUCUGCGCAGCCACGGCACAAUAAAGUCACCGCUGGGCA